AGAGGAGGGAGAGAGGAGCGAGCAGAGAGGAGAGAGAGAGCAGCAGACGGGAACAACGUUAGUGAGGCGACAGAGGAGUUUGAACAAAAUGUCCAAAAGUUUGAUCUGCCCUCAAAGUUAAUGCGGUUCAAAUAAGUUAACGAGUUGGAAGGAGGGACAUCUAACGAACUUGCCAGUGCACCAGAGGGAGAUUGAACCAUGGAAUCUCAGUACCUGCUGAACUUGGUCCACCAUGCUCCCUGCUAGUCUGCUGCCAAUGGCCGUGCUGUUUGCCCAAGUUCUGGCGGACGGAGGGGGCGGCUCGAACACGGAGAGAGGGAGGAGAAGGGCGGAGGCGAGCGCGAGGCCUGGCGCCCUCCAUUCCUCGCCCGACCUGGAGGCCGUCCACACCCUGCGGAGGACCCUGCUGAGCAGGUUCGGAUUGGAGAGACUCCCGGAGCCCAGUGGCAAGGCUGUCGUCCCUCAGCACAUGUGGGACCUCUACCACUUCCGCACUGGCAACUACUUCGCGGUGAAGGACUCCAGCUUCAGUGCCUUGGAACGCCACACGGCAGGGACUAACACCGUCCGCUGCUUCCAUCACUUGGAGGAUCAGGAGGAGGUGCUGCUGUUGGAGGGAUCGGGUCUGCAUCAGAUGGUCUUCAACCUGACAACCGUUCCUGCGGGUGAGCACAUUGUCUCGGCUGAGCUGCGUCUGUACAGUGAAGACAACGGCUGGCCCGCCGCCGGCCACCAAAGGGUCGGUGACUACCACCUCUGGCAGGUCCUGCCCGGGCAAGCGAGCCACCGGCUGCUGGAGAGUCGGCGGCUCCCCGCCAACCGGUCCCGCUGGGAGACCUUCGAGGUUGGACCAGCGGUGGAGGACUCCAGGAGGACGGGCGCGGGACUAGUGGGCUUCCUCAUCCAGGUGGGCGAGGCCGGAGGUCCCACCGCACCCCUGCGGGUGAGCAGGUCGCUGAGGGGCGAGGAGGGGAGCUGGCCCCUGAGGAGGCCGCUCCUGGUCACCUACGGCCGGGACGGGAAGGGUCUAACUCUGGGCUCCAGGGGCAAGCGACCCCGGGGCAGGAGGAAGGCCAAACGCCCACGGGGCCGGUGCCGGAGGAAGCCACUCUACGUGGACUUCGAGAGGGUGGGCUGGACCGAGUGGAUCAUCGCUCCCCGGGGCUACAACGCCUUCUACUGCCAGGGCGACUGCCGCUUCCCGCUGGCCGACCACAUGAACUCCUCCAGCCACGCCAUCGUGCAGACCCUGGUCAGCGCCGUCAACGCCAACGUGCCCAAGGCCUGCUGCGUGCCCACCGACCUCAGCCCCAUCGCCAUGCUCUACCUGGACGAGGAGGAGAGAGUGGUCCUCAAAAACUACCAGGAGAUGGUGGUGGAAGGCUGUGGGUGUCGUUGA